UCUUGGAGGUCCUCAAUAAUGCCGAUACCCGUUGAGUCAUUUGAUAGGUUAUUGAAACCCUGAUGACUAGAAGUGUGGACAUGUAAUUGCGCUUGAUCAUUAUUCCCUCCGUGGUUUAUUGAAGGAAAAUCUUGGAACGAGAUGAACUGUGAUUCACUCGGUUGUGCCUGAUUCCCGUCCAUGGCUACUUGUUUCAAACCUUUCUUUGCUUAUUUGACAACUGUCAGACAUAUACGCAUCGCAAAAUUCUACACGCUGCCACGACUCCGUUGAUAAUCAGCCUAUCACGGUCAGAACCAUCUACAAUCACUGAUCCAAUUUUUUGUUAAUAGGAUUGUACCACUGAAGGUAAUACAGGUCAGGAAUCAAUGGCAAUAUUGUUUUAAAUCCUCUUCUUUUACAUUACACAAUUAGGGAUUAAUAGGUAAAAAUUCAUUAAAUCUUGUUCCAUUUUAGACUAAUUUGAGAAUUGUGAAAACCAAUUAGAAUUUACCUACUAAUUUGUAAAUCUCCAAUAUACUGGUCAGAAUAGAAUUAUUCAAGUAUAUCAUUGUAAAUUAUUCUUAUAAGAACGUUAUUAACUAAUAUAGUAAUCAUAUACAGUUUGCGUACUUUUAUACUUCGGCUUGUGUAAACGUCACCUACAGUACGCUUCGCCAUGAAAAAAGUUAAUGUUUUUACCGAUGACUAUUGAUGCAUCAGUAAUCUCUCUGCUCCUAGGUAGGAGUAGAUUAGUAAUUUUGACAGUUGGAAUAAGAUCCACCGGAUCUCUUGUUUGAACAUAAUUUAUUACCAAACUGUUCAUAAUGAGUUCAGUACUGUGCAAUUAGUGAUUUCAUAGAUAAGAUAAAAAGAAAUGAUGGAAAACUAAACUGUGAAUAAAAGUGAUUGUUGUACUCCAGUAAAACAAUAUUUAUACAAUAUUCUUUGGUAGGUUAGGAAGUCGUCAGAAAGGUGUGUUUGGUGGCAGUUAAGAUUUGGCACAAUGAUACAACGAUCUUCUAAACUAUUGAGGCUUCUCCAUAACAUUAGCCGUCACAACAAUGACUGUCUGUAUAUAUUUCAAGUAGGAUAUGUGAAAAGAUGUGCUAGUACUAUGAUAACAUGCAAUCAUAAUGCCAGAUACAAAUUACAAAACAUAACUAACACUGUUGGAUUAAAAGAGAGAGGACAGAUGCAUGAUCAGAGAUGGAUAUUUAUUCCAAUGUGCAAACCAAUUUCUAUUUUUGCAAGAACUCAGAAAGAAGAAUCUGGCAACAAAGGGAAGAAUUCAGAAGAACUAAAGCAAAGGGUAAUAGAGUUGAAGGAAGAUGAUUUAGGUCAGUUGAAGGAGGUAACAUUAAAUGUAAAACCUGUUUCUACUACCGAUGAUCAAGCUAAGCAGGAAAAAUCAGAGAAAGAUGGUACUAAAGAAGCCAAGAAGAAAAAAGUUGAAAGAGGUACAUCAUCCUUAGAGCGUAAUUUUAUUACACCAGUUAGAGCUAUGACUGAUUUUUUAUUAAAGCCGGCUGAUCUUGAAAAUUUACCAAAGACCAAAAGAAGAUCACCUUAUGAUUUUGAACCACCAAUCACUGUGUAUUGGAGGAAAGAUGUUGAAGCCAAAGCCAUAGAAGUUUGGGGAUCACAAGAAGCACUCUCCAGGGAACUUCGUAAAAAGAAAUUUGAGCAGAAAGUUUAUCAGCAAAAUGUAUUUGCUUUGAAACAGAGACUGAGAGAUUAUAGGCGAGAAAUUGGUAGCAAGUCUGAGAUUAACCAAGAGCAAGAAGGUCUUUUCGGAAGAGCCGGUAAAGUAGUCCUAACUGCAAUUGCGAUCAAUAUGAGCAAUUUCAUAUGUAAACUGAUUGCUUGGUUAUUCACUGGUUCACACAGUAUGUUCGCGGAAAGUGUACAUUCUGCUGCAGAUACUUGCAAUCAAUUAAUAUUAUUAUAUGGUAUUCAUAAAUCAGUACAAAAUCCUAAUCCUGACCAUCCAUAUGGUUACACGAAUAUGAAAUAUGUUUCCUCCUUGAUAUCUGGUGUUGGUAUCUUCUGUGUUGGGGCGGGUCUGUCAAUUUAUCAUGGAAUAAGUGGUCUUGUCAAUCCUACAACUAUAGAACCGUUUUAUUGGGCGUACUGUGUGUUAGCUGGUUCUUUGGUAUCUGAGGGUGCAACGUUGUUGGUUGCAAUUCAGACUUUAAAAAGGGGAGCCGAAGAGAGGCAACAAACAUUUAAAGAAUAUUUAUUGGCGGGACAAGAUCCUUCUGUGAAUGUUGUACUUCUAGAAGACAUGGCAUCCGUUGUUGGUAUUUCUAUUGCAACCAUCUGCAUGAGUUUGACUUCAUACACAGGGAAUACGAUAUUCGACGCUACCGGAUCUAUCUUAGGCGGUUUUCUUCUCGCCGGUGUAGCAGCAUUUAUAAUUUAUACAAACACUGCCGCCUUAAUCGGCAGAAGUAUAUCCCAGAUCGAACUUCGUAAGAUAAAUGCUGAGUUGGAAUCGGACAUAAUGGUACGAGCAAUUUAUGAUGUCAAAGGUAUCGACAUGGGCAAUAAUUUAAUUCGAUACAAAGCCGAAAUAGAUUUCGACGGGAGGGAAUUGACAAAAGCCUACUUGGACAAGAACGAUCUUAACAUGAUGUUAAAGGAAGUGAAAGCUGUGCAAACUGCCAAUGAUUUGGAAGUGUUCAUGUUGAAGACCGGCGAAGGUAUCGUCGAUAUGGUCGGUGGUGAGGUGGAUAGAGUGGAGCUCAGACUGAAGAAGAAGCAUCCGCGGAUUCGACACUGCGAUCUAGAGAUCCUAUAAACUUGCUUUUCUACGGGGAUACGGAUGCGACCGUGAUAAGAAUUCUGAUGUAAAUAUUAUGUAAUAUUGACAAUAAGCCAAUAUAUCGCUGUACUACUAUUUAUAUAGAAAUAGUGAAUGUGUCCACACUGAUGACCGACAAAACAAAUA